GCUGAAAUGACCUAUACCUGUCAGCAUAGUUUAAUAAUAAAUAAAAAUUAAUGAUAAUAUAAAAGCAACAAAUGAAGUCUGACGUGCAGUCUCUGCUACACUGUGCAUGCAUUUUUAUUCAAGCCAUAAACCAAAGGCUUCUUUCUGCGUGACGCUGACGUGAUGACGCUGUUUGUGAAAGGUAUUAUCAAUCGCUCUGUUUUAUUGAUUGGAUAUUAGCGACAGGGUGCUCUAGUUUUUUAUUUAUAGGCAGUUUUGUGUGCGGCUCCGAAACCUUUCCGCUCUCUCGGUUUAUGGCUUCCUACCUUUCCUUGAAAACGACCACAGAGUCAUUACCUAUCAUUUUUUGUUGUUUUGGCUUCUUUGACUGUUCAUGUAAAGGGGUAAACUUUAAAAAAAACGAUUUAUAUGCAGGGAUGGAAAACAAGACUCCCAUUGCAUAAGCGGUUCAAUCCGUUCCUGGUUUUACUCUGAGUUUAAUCAGACACACCUGAGCGUGUUACCUUUACACUGGGGCUAAUCAAGCCCGCCUGAAAACCUGGAACGGACGACACUGCUAUGCAAUAAGAGUCUCAUUUCCAUCCUAAAAAAACUAAAAAAAAUUAACUGUUGAGCAUGUUAGAGAGACCUUUAUCAUUUUGCUGCAUUCUAUUCGUUUCCCAGCUGUUCUGCUCUGUACUGUACAGUGGGAUGUUUCUGAAUAAAAAGCGCUAUAUAAAUGCAAUAAAUAAAUAAAUAAAUACAUUCGCUCGGUCAGGACUCCAAGACGGAGUGUGAGAAGUUUUGCGGCUGGUUCUGCAUGAAUGGGAAGUUUGUCCUUGCUGGGCUGCCAUCCAAGCCCCAGCUGGCUCGCUCUUGUUCCAGGGCUGGGCGCUGGAGGCUGCAGCCGGAGCUGCACACAGAAGCAAAGUCAGGACUGGAGAUCGGAGCUGGGAGUGCAAUCACACAGCUCAGGGAAAUAAAUACGGGAUCGCGCAUCCUGAAAGCUUGGGAAAAGCAGAAGAAAAGAAAACAAAGAGAAGUGUGCCAGGGCUUCGCGGUGCUGGAGGACGGGGCGUUGGCUCACAACCUGCAGGAACAAGAAAUUGAACAGUAUUACGCCUCUAACGUCCAGAAGAACCAGCUGGUGCAGAGAGACGUCCGCAUUGCCAAGAGACUGCAGGACGAAGAGGACCAGCGGCGACGGCUAACCGACUGCAGGAGACAGAUGAACAUCUCUUCCCGCGCCUCUCGUUGCAGUGAGGAGCAGGACUCGGAGUACGCGCAGACGAUUCAGGAAGACAUUCGGAGGCGCGCAGAGGAGGCUCGGAGGAGGGAGGAGCAGGACGAGGAAAUUGCCAAGAAGUUACAGGAAGAGGAGGAGCUGGAGAUUCGCAGGCGGAGACUUGACAGCGGUUGCCAAGGAAACCAGACCGGCCUUCUUAGCAACAGAGAAUGCGGCAGGCUGCAAACCCACCAGCGGCACCAGCCUUAUCCUGUAGACUGGAGGCACAGCGAGGGAGGCUCAGCCAGCAGGGGGCGCCUCCUUCCACCCAGCGCUACCGCGAACCGGCAGAGGACCGCGCAGUUAGAGCCAGCCGACAACAGCGGCGUACCCGGGGACUGUCCUGUGCGCCAGGGAAGCAGCGCUCUGCAGUAUGUUAAAAAUAACCUCGACGCCGCCCCCCGUGGUCCUGCCGUGGUUUUACCGGAGGAGGACUGCAGCAGAUCCCCGCGCGCUGGAAGAGUCCAUCGCGGUGGAGAUUUCAGGGAAGACGAGGGCUGGGUCCGCAGCGGUCGCCGUGGUGACUUCCAGGAAGUGGAUUUCAGGGAUGAGCGGGGUUACAGGGAAAGGGUAGGCUGGGUAAGCAGAGAGCUCAGGGAAGGAGAGGGAGGAGCUACUGGUUACCAUAGAGAUUUUAGAGAAAGGGAGGGAGGGACCACCAGCAGCAGCAGCCAUAGAGAUUUCAGAGAAAGGGAGGGAGGAGCCAGCAGCAGUAACCAUAGAGAUUUCAGAGAAAGGGAGGGAGGAGCCAGCAGCAGUAACCAUAGAGAUUUCAGAGAAAGGGAGGGAGGAGCCAGCAGCAGUAACCAUAGAGAUUUCAGAGAAAGGGAGGGAGGAGCCAGCAGCAGCAGCAGUAACCAUAGAGAUUUCAGAGAAAGGGAGGGAGGAGCCAGCAGCAGUAACCAUAGAGAUUUCAGAGAAAGGGAGGGAGGAGCCAGCAGCAGUAACCAUAGAGAUUUCAGAGAAAGGGAGGGAGGAGCCAGCAGCAGCAGCAGUAACCAUGCAGAUCACAGGAGAAGAGAGGGUGGGGUUAUGGAGAAUGGGGGAGGGGCUUGUACCAGUCACCGUGGGGACGUAAGGGUAGGCGGGGCUAACGUGAGUAGCUGCAGUCGCCACGACGAUCGCAGGGAGAGGCGGAGGCAGAGCGAGCACAGGCGGAGUGAGAAGUUCUCUCCCUCCAGCUCUGAGGAAGAGGAGGAGGGAGGGAACGAGAGGAGGAGGAGGAGGACGAGGGAGCACAGGCCCCACAGACAGCACAGCCUCCCCGCCACACCGCUCUCCCCAGCAGCACGGGACUGGAGGAAGACCGCAGAGGGAGGGUCCUGUGCUGGAGCGGCGCCCCCUGCUGGUCUGCAUGUUGAGGUGGCUCAGAUGGGUUUGCAGGACCGGGAGCAGGUUCUGAGGGAUGCGGAGCUGGCGAGGAGGCUGCAGGAGGAGGAAGAGGAGGAGGAGAGGCUGCUGAGGAAGGGACAGCGGCCCGAGAACGACAUCUCACCCCCGAGCCCGGCGUCGACAGGCAGGCUGUGGGACCAGGCUGCGGAGGAGGACUUUCGAGCCGCCCAGGUGGCACAGGAUGAGGAGAUCGCGCGCUUCAUGCAGCGGCAGGAGAUGAAGGCGUCACGUGAUCUGGAGGGUCAGGGGUCACGGAUGGAGCAUAGCGACCUCACAGACUCUUCAGAGAAGAGGAGGAGCCAGAACAGGAAGGUACUGCCCCGAAGCUGGUAUCAGAAUUUGGAAAGGGCUGAGGCUUCCCCUGGUCAGCACGAGCGGCUGGAUUCGGAGGGUCUGCCGUCACCGAGAGAGGAGGGGUCCCCAGAUCGAAGAGCAUCUCCCGCGCACAGGCAGCAGCAGCAGCAGCAUCUCCUCCCCAGGAACAUCGCUGAGGAGCUAGACCCGACUUUCAGGGUGAAACGGCAGGAGGACGCAGCGGAGGAGCCGGCUCUCCCAACGCCUGCGGCCGCUCGAUCUCCCCCCGGCCCCCCCUGCCGUUUCCACGACUACACAGACGAGCGAGCCGAGCCCACCUUCAUCCCCCCCACCAAGCGCCAGAGCGACAAGAUUAGCCGCCCGAAAACCAAAGACAGGAAGGAGGGCUGCAAACAGCAGUGACCCCCUCCCCUCCCCCCUCUCCAUCUCUCUCGCUCUCCAUCUCUCCCCCAGUCUCUGUCUCUCUCUUUCUCAUUCUCUCAACCUCUUUUCUCUGUCUCUCUCUCUCUCACAUUCCCUCCAGCACUCCUACCAUUCUCUCAUUAUUCCCAGCGUGGUUCACUUCAUGACAAUGCAGGGGUCACAGACCUGGCUCCUAUCGUACUCAGAAGCGAUUCCUGCCUUCACUGGGCAGCGUGUGUUACCCUGACGUGUCCCGGGCCAGGCCAGGGUGUGACCCAUGCAGAACUGAACUGCGCUGUUGAAUUGAUAAUGAGCUCUCAGUGUGUGUGUGCGCGUGUGUGUGUGUGAUACCAAUGCAGAACUGAACUGCGCUGUUGAAUUGAUAAUGAGCUCUCAGUGUGUGUGUGUGUGUGUGUGUGUGUGUGUGUGUCCCGGGCCAGGCCACACACAGUAUACAUUUUAUAUAUGACACAGUCUGCCUAGCAUAUCAGAAGAUUUGUUUAAACUUCACAGUGUUGCCAGUAUAGAUACACUGAUCUGUAUGUACACAAGUAUAUCAUUACCUAUUCCCUGCACCAGGGCAGAGUAGAGCUGGGGCUAAGCAGUAUUGCAUCUAGAUUAGAUUUUUUUUAACCCAAUGCAGGGUUACAAUGUAUUUUUUUAAAUUUACGAUUUGGAGGACCCUGGUUGGUUAAUUCCUUGCUUUGGUGCAUUUUGUUUUGUUUUAGAACUCUGUGUAAAUAAAAGCCUUGAAUAAACGGGGCAGGGGAAUCCUUGGUUCCAGUUUUAGUUUCCCAGUUGGAAUUAAAGCGAUUCCCUGAAUCUUACCUGUUCUGCACCUCCGUUAGCUACAUAGGCCAGCAAGGAAGUGCGACGCUAUCUGAAAGAGUGAUUUGCAAACAGAUUUCUUCAACUUACUGCAGUACCAGAUGGCGUGUUUUUAAAAUUAAAAAAUAUGUGUUUCUUUCAAAAGCCACACAUUUGAGCCCUGGAGAACAGGCAGAAUUGCAUGACCGGUAAGAUUAACCCUCUGCUCUGCCUUUAGAUAACCCAGCAGCAGCAUUAUGACACACAUUUUAUUUUUGAAAUUUGUAUCACUGUAUUAUUCUGUAUCAAAAUAAACAGUGUUGUAACGAGAA